CUAACACCAUCCAUGUUGCUCUUUUGUAGGGGGGAGAUCGAAGAAGAAGUUAUCUUAUUUGCCACCAACGACAACCAGACGUGAGGAAAGAGACACAGAUGAUUUAGAGGUGCAAACCUGCAAAAUGGACGUCCCGAAAGCCAUAGUUGUACCCUUCUAGCUUGAUGAGUGACACACUCCUAAUUCCCUUGAAAACGACCCACGAUCGAUAUAACCUAAAGCAAAGUCAACAAUACAUAUAGUUUCAUCAUCACACCCGCCAUUAAAAAAAAAAAACUCCAUUAAAGAAGCCCAAAGUAAACGUUGAGGAGCGUGGAAGCUAGCAACACAAAAAAACUCUGAGUGGCAGGGGAAACAGAGAAGAGAGAAGUGAGAUCUGGUCAAAUUCCCAGGUGGCAGGCCUGCUAGCUAGCUGGCCCAUCACCAUCUUAUAAAUACAGCCCAAAAACCUGCCCACAAACAGAACAACCUACCAAACCCAAACCCAAUUUUCCUUCUUUCUUCCUGCCUUAGACUGAAUCCCCCCGUUUUCAUGGCCACCAAGACUUCACAUUUGUUCCUCUUGUUCGUGGUGGUGUUGGGCGCCCUUAUCGAGGGGACGACCUGCCGUCGUUUGCUCGGCGGCGAGACGAAGCCGUCGUCGGGGGAGAAAGAAGCUGUACUGCAGGGGAGCAAGAAAGAGUACUCGUCCUUCAUGGAAGGAGCGUCGGCCAUUCGAAAGAGCUUGGAAGAAUGGAGCAAGAACAAGAGCAGCCAUAAGAUCCGCACGGUUUCUCGACGACUGGUGCCCUGUGGGCCUAACUUACUUCACAACUGAUGAUAUCUUUGAUUUAUUUAUAGAGCCGCUUCCAACAACUCGCGUCUCACGUACACUACUGUUGUAUCCAAAGUUUUGGUAGCAGCGUCGUCAUCGACCAUUAUUACUUUAUUUUUUUUAUACUAAUUCAAUGAUGUGUGAAAUUCCAUAUAUAAUAUAUAGUAUAGAUAUAGUACUUAUCGUCUCCAUUCUAAUUGUUCAAACUUGUUACGGUGCUGUACGUAGGUGUCGAUUAUGUAUCGUACGAACGAGUUUGAGCCAUUAGAUUGGAGAUAUAUACCAUAAACAUAUUCCGUAUUGAGGCAUAACUAGGAUUUUGUAAUGUUUAUGUUGUAAGCUUGCAAUUCAUUUGUAGUUUUGUGGUAACAAAAUUAUAUAUGUAGCAAGGAUUUGUCAUGUUUGGGUUGGCAUAUUGAUAACUUUGUUUAUGGUGGGGGGAAAAGGAUAUUAUUGACCGGACCUUGUUUAAUGGGUGCGGCCUGCAAACUGAGCAUGACAAACGCUACCUUUUUGUGUGGUGAUUAAUGAUAAUGAUAUCUUUUGCCACCACAACAAGGGUGGUGAUAAUAGAAUUUCCGGCAGAUCCAAACCAUAACAAUAAUAUAUAUGAUAUUAAGUCAGAACUCAUAACCAUGUAUUAUGAUUAAUUUUGAAACAAAAUUCGAUGCAUUCCGUAUAAGACUUAAGGUUAGGAUGCUAAUGAUUAAUUUAUUAGCAUGAUACUAAUAUUAAUUCGAAUUAAUAAGAAUAAUUUGUUUUUGAUAAUUUUUUUAUAUUAACGAGUUGACCACAAUUAAGAUUUGUUUUUAAUUAGAGCAGCAUGCUUGUUCAAUUUUAAAAAUUUAAAGAAGGAACGCGUGGUGCUGCCUAUUUAUUCCACAUAUCGUCCUUAGCUUACAGGGACAACAAGUAUCAUGGAACGUACUAAAAAACACAUACCACAAACCAUACAAAAAAGAACAUAAAAUAGAUCAGAAUGCUUAUAAAGUAUACCAAUACCUCACACACACACCACAAAUUAAUCAAGCAUACCAGGAAAAAUUCAAAGUUGACCGCAUGUUUCUUCAGCCAGACCUGAAUUCUUAUAAAGUUGAUUGCAAAUCCCCAGAAGCAUACACAAAAAUUUAAUAAGUGUGGCCACAAUUAUAGCAUACUGAAAAAUCUCAUAAAACAUUACCAUAAGUUCCCAGAAGCACACCACAAACCUUAUAAAAACCGAUCACAAGUUUCUUGAACUAGACUAGAAACCUCGUAAAGCAUACCACAAGUUCUCCAACACAUACCAGAAAUCUCAUAAAGUUGACCACAAAUUUCUUAAAACAAAUUAGAAACCUUAUAAAGAUACUAAAAAAUCCCCUGAAUAAAACUGGAAACCUCAUAAAGUUGAUUAGGCUACUUUAAGAAAAACGUAUGUAAUAACAAUUGUUUUGCAAUAGUUAACCAUUAACAUUUCUAAUAUUUACACGAUGCUAACAAAUUAGAGUAUUAGGACUCUGAAUUUAUUCAAUACCGCAUUUAGAUAUGCAUAUACGAAAACCAUCCAUCCAUAUUUGGCCGAGUAGCUAAGAGCAUAAACCAAACGAGACGUGCAAGCCGGCUUAUAUAUAUAGUGGCUUGGCGUAUGAGAUUGAACAAAUGGCAAAAUCCUUGUGGUCCGCGGAUUGGGCCGUCAUAAGCACCAAAAAAUGCAAAUGACAUCACGGAAAAAUUAAAUCAAAUGCGGUCGAAUUGCAAGCAAGCCUGGUACUCUGCUCUGCUAGUCACUAUCCACGUGUCAUAUUCUGCUUGCUUCCACCAUUCAAUGUAGAGUGUUAUUUUCAUUUUUUUCCCCAUAACACAAAAAUGAAACUGCUAGCCUGUAGGUCGUCUUCCAUUAUAAUGAGUCGAGUCGAGUUUUUGCUUAGUUUGAAUUUGGUCUGUUUAUAAAUUUUUUAGUAAAUA